UCACACACAGACACACACACACACACACACACUCACAGACACAUACACACGACACGAUUGGCUCCGAUAUAAAGCUGAGUGAACUGGGUGAGGGAUCGAUCAGAUUGACUCGCAGUGAUCUGGAAUGGAAGAACUGAUCAAUACUCAGUCAGACGCUGUUGGUAGACUGGCAUUCAGAUACAUGAUGUGUAAAGUAGACUCCAGCUCAGACUCUGAAUCAGAGUCCAACCCCAGAUGGUCUGAUGUCAGCAGCAAGGGCUGUGAAAGCAGCACUCCAGAAGCUCCUCAGAAACUCCAGCAAAACUACCAGCAGUGUCUGGAUCCCUACGACGGAAGCUCGGAAGACUCUGGCUCUUCUGCUGAAGGCUCAAGGAAGCAAAGGCCCGGCGGGUUUCGCACGAAAGGGACAGGCCGUAGAUUGACCUUUAACCCUGCAUCUGCUCUCCGAGACGAGACGCCAGCAGAUCUUCACCGUGUGGAUGUUCAGAUGAGGUCCUCCAGCGACUCGGAGCUGGAGUCUCCACACCAGGGCUCCGACUCCGGCUUCCACACCAGAUCCUCGCUGAACUCUCGAGACACGAGCCUCGGGCUCCAGAGCGCGUCUCCAGACAGCCCUGCUCUCCACGCAGCCUUCUCCAAGAGGAAGCUCUUCCCUGCAUCAGACGACGGCAUGCAGAGCAAGCGGCGGUGCGUCAGUGACGUGGAGCUGGAGAGCGGGGCUGUCUGAGGUCAGGAUCUCUGAAGCCUGUGCUGCUUGUGAAGGAAAAUAGAGACACUCUAACAACAGAAAAAGAGGUUUGACGUGCAGGUGUUGAAAUAUGUACGAGAAGAUGGACAGGUUCAACUCUCAUGUCACUCAGCUAUUUCAGUAAUAAAUUAAGACUAAUAAAGCUAACCUUAAUUCAUGAUUUCAUGCGUUUCAUCUCCGGCUGUUCACGAUGAGUUUGCCUUUACACUCAGUGAGCAAACAUGUAUGUAGUGCAGCUGUCUGCAGACGGACGGUGACAAGAAUAAUAUAUAUAUCUGUCUGUCAGAAAGCUGAUGUCAUGAUGAAUCAAUGUCUGGAGAAACAGGCCAGUUUCACUGGGUUUCUUAUAAAUGAGGGCAAUGGAGAGAUUUAUUAUUUGCAUCCAAAGAAAGGAGAACAUUUGAAGAAUGUUUACUCGGUGAUGUUAAUGUUUGUAGGCCAUUGUGUGUUUUUCAUUUGAAUGCUUGCUUCAUCAGCUUCAAUCUGAAUAGAGGAAAAACUGAAAGUUCAGUGUCAGUUUGUUUCUGUUCUUCCCUUAAUUAAUUGCACACAGCUUGUCAUGUGUAUUCAUCACAGGAUGAAAAUAAAGUAUGCACUUCUUUGUCUGCAUUUCUCUGUAUUGUGCGGCUGUCAAAGCUUCCUCUGAGCCUGUAAUCACCAUCAGUAAAGACGUCAGGACCUGGGGCCUGUUCCAUAAA